AUGGGUUGUCGGAGGAUAUUGUUUGAAGAAGCAGGGCCGUCCGCGCCGAGUAGGGACUCUGCGGAUAGCCCUUCACCGAAAAGGCUGGAGAUGAACGACAUGAGAGUCGCCGUCGACGAGAGAAAUACAGAAGUGCCGGAAAGGAAGGCCACUAAUGUACGGGAAGAACACGCAGAUGACAUAAACAAGCUUAUUGAAUUCUUCAAGGAUUGUGAGGCUCAAAACCCGCAGUUCCGAUGGGAACCCAAGCUGGACUCUGAAGGUGUUAUACACAGCUUAUUCUGGAGUCAUGCAAGCAUGCAGGGCGAUUAUGCAGAUUUUGGUGAUGCAAUGAGCUUUGACACAACUCAUAAGACUAACAUUUAUGAGAAGCCACUAGCAAUGUUUGUUGGAUCAAACCACCAUCUGCAGAAUACAUUGUUUGGAUGUGCAUUGGUAGGAGAUGAAACAGCUGAAACUUUUGAAUGGGUGUUCAAAGCAUUCAAAAAGUGCAUGGGACAAAGUAGAACAAGGUGUAUCCUCACAGACCAAGACCAGGCAAUGGGAGUGGCGAUUGCCAAAGAGUUCCCAGGGGUUGUUCAUAAGAUUUGCAGAUGGCAUGUGGUGAACAAGCACAUGCCACAUCUAACCAACCUCUUUGGGAUGUAUGCCAAGAAAAAUUUCAAGGACAAAUUUUAUUCUGUGCUAAACCACCCACUCACCCCUGUGGAGUUUGAGGCCGCUUGGCAGGAACUAUUGGAUGAGUUCGACCUACAAAAGGAUAGCACUUUAGAUAGCCUUUACUGCCAGCGAGAACUGUUCGCCAAAAAAAUGCUUGACUUCAUGCAUUCACGUAAGAUGAAGGAGUCUGAAGAGUCGUACCAUGGAACGGUAAUAGCAAAAGGCUCACAAGAAGCAAGUGGCCAUUUGAAAUACAGGUUUCAAGAAUUUAUACUAGAAAUGUUUUCAAAGACUUUGAAAAGAAGAUGA